CCCCGAUAACACACAACGACCUACUGAUUUCGGCACACCCAACUUCAAGGGGACAGUGAAUGUGGACUUGACACUGCAAGGACUUUGAAAUAGCGAGCAGUACGCCUCCGCCUUGGCGAAGCAGUGCGAUCGCAACGGAAGAUACGGAAACGAGACAGAACCCUGAAAGGUGCACUUGGCUGACGAAGUGACAGAUUACUGUACCUGUGAAUGCACUGCGCACCGCACUGAUGUCAUCAUGAAGCCUGAUUGUAAAAUCGCGCUGGUAUUUACACCUGCCGGAGACCGCUGCUUCCAGAACAAGUCAGUCUUUUUGUCAAGCAGCUCUUCAACAGCGACAAGCCAUCCUUUUAUGCACUGGCAGCUCUGCUGCGAGUUUAACGAUGGUAAAUCCUUCAAAUUCGAAGCGUUGCUAGAAAAGGGCCAUCUUGUGGCUUGCAUGAGACCUGCUGGAAGAAACAAGCUUCCGUGUGACAAGGUAUUUUUAGGAGUCUUCGAACGCAGUUUCGAGGAUGUCUCAAAUGCCUUCCAUGCUUUGAGUGACAUCAAAAAGUAUGAUGUUGUAGAAAACAACUGCCAGACAUGGGUUGUGGCUUUCCUUGAAGAGCUCAGCAUUCCGGUUCCCGAAGAGUUCAGGACAAUUGCCAAAACGGUCCAGGAGAUCUUCUUCGACUACGACAAAGGAGCAGCAUACAAUUUUGUUGUCCAAGAAGUUGGAAAUGCUUAUAAAUGCUUAAUAAAGCCCCGUGACGAAAGUGCUCCUGAAGAGAAGGAAGAGCACAAGAACAACGUUGAAGACGACAAUGAGAGUAGAAUUUACUAUCCAGACUUCCAGACUAGGCAUCAAAAAGUCUUAAACUCACUGUCAUGGGCACUGCUGAAGACUAUGGUUAAAAUCAACAAUUAGCACCGCGCAGUUCGGCCUGUGCGUGGAGUAUUGAUAAAAACUCACACGGUAUGACCCCCUAACAAAAAGCUCAGAACUAAAGAGGCAGUAGCUCUCAGACUUAUCCAAACUAACAAACUCCCAAACCUGCACAGAUGGAAAAUGUACCCACAGAUAUAUCGCGUCAUCUGCCCCUGGUGCGGCGACACACGCCAUGCACUUUUUCACAUCUCGUGAAGGUGCAGGGGCAAACAUCAACAUUUAAAGAUGACUAGCACGUCAUUUGAGCGGUGGGAGGUACAGCUUACCGGUGAUACCCUGGCGGGCCAAUAAGCGCUCGUCCAGCAAGUUCGUCGAGCAGCCAUGGCCAGUGCAGUCCUGGAAUGUGGACACCACCCACUCGACCUCAAUAGCAACUACCUCCAUGGCCCAAAUAAAUGUUUUCUCUUUCUCUCU